AUGUCUUUGGUACGUGUCCUGCUUGUCCUGGUGUCAGCCAUUUUGGCCUAUAGGUUACAGCGACUGGUGUUUUCAUCCAAUGAGGCUCCGGGAGAAUAUCUUGUUACUCGCCUCAAUGAUAGUUACGACUACAUCAUCGUCGGUGCCGGCUCCGCUGGUUGUGUCCUGGCCAACAGGUUGUCUGAAGACAAGGGCGUCACUGUGUUGCUGCUGGAGGCAGGGGGCGAUGAUCGUGGACAGCCCACAAUCAUGACUCCAGGUUAUGCCGGUCGAGUAAGGCACUCGGUGUUUGACUGGGAGUACUACACGGAGCCACAGAAGCAUGCAAUGGAAGCUUUCAAAGACAAGAAGUCUUACUGGCCGCGAGGUAGGGCAUUAGGCGGCACCUCCAACCUCAACAGUAUGUUGUACACUAGGGGACACAAGCUGGACUUUGACCGUUGGGCUGCAGAAGGAGCAGAGGGGUGGAGUUACAAGGAUGUACUGCCAUUCUUUAUCAAAGCUGAAGACAUUCAAGACCUAGAACUUGUCAAUUCUGAGUACCACGGUAAGGGCGGUCCUUUGAAGGUAACUGUACCGAAAACCGUCCCAGUAACAGACUACAUUCUACAGGCUGGUCUUGAACUGGGAUUACCGAUCAGCGACCCCAAUGGAGCCAGCAUGAGAGGGAUUUACAGAGCACAGUCGACAUCCUACCAGGGCACCCGGUGGAGCACAUCACGUGGUUACCUCCACCCUGUGAUGUCACGGGGAAAUCUCCAUGUACGGAUUAACACGCAUGUCACAAGAAUUCUGUUUGAAGCCAAGAAAGCUGUCGGUGUAGAGAUGGUUUACAAUGGAAGGAAGGAGGUCGUCUAUACAAACAAGGAGAUCGUUCUGUCUGCUGGAGCUGUUGGGUCGCCCCAGAUACUCAUGCUGAGUGGGGUCGGGCCACAUGAACACCUGAAACAACUUGGGCUUCCACUGGUGGCCGACCUGCCUGUUGGGGCUAACCUACAAGACCACGUAUACUUUGAGUACUGUGUCGGCAUUAAUCAAUCCUUAACUGCCAACAGGGAAAUGCAGGAGUCGUUGUGGACUCAAGCACAAUACAAACUAUUUCGAUCAGGUAUCCUGUCUUCCAGUAACUACGUGGAGGUACUGGUCUUUGACAGCACUGGAGAGGAGAGCAAACGUCUUGACUGGCCCGACCUGGAGGUCAUGUUCCAUGGAACACCCAGCACUGUGGAGGGGCUGCGGACAUUUGGAUACACUGAGCAGGCACUGAAAGACUCUUCCAAAAGGAAGAUUUACAAAGAUCUAUUCCAGUGUGAACCGGCACUGCUUCGUCCACAAAGCCGAGGCACCAUCAGACUGCGGUCAGGUGAUCCCUUUGACUAUCCGCUCAUUGAUCCGAAUUACCUGGAGGCUGAAGAAGAUGUUCAUGUGCUAGUCAGAGAUGGACCUGGGCAGCUGUGUGGAGAACACUUGUAUGAUUCGGACCCCUACUGGACAUGCAUGGCCAGGAACAGAUUACACACGAUCUACCAUCCAUCAGGGACGUGUAAAAUGGGAGCAACUGGUGACCCAACAUCUGUAGUGGACCCUCGAUUAAGGGUACAGAAAAUAGAAGGAUUACGAGUGGCAGACGCCUCGAUUAUGCCUUACAUCACAUCUGCAAACAUCAACGCUGCUGUGGUUAUGAUCGCUGAGAAGGCGGCUCACGUGAUUCGAGAGGACAGACCCAGGCAGAAAGAUUAA